AUGACACUAAUUCUACUAACAGUGACUUUCAAUAAUAAUACUAAUAGUAAUGACAGUAAUAACAAUGACAGCAAUAAUAAUAUUAAUAGCAAUAAUACUGACAAUCAUAUGAAUAAAAAUACCAAUAACAAUAAUAUGACAAAAAAGGCAGUUGAAGCUGGUGGCAGUAACGAAAUAUUUUCACAAAUGCAUAAGGAUGAUAAGAUAGUUGUUCUAGGUGAUUUUAAUCGGUCGGCUUUAUCGUUUACCAUCGAUGAAUAUGAUAACCAUCUUCUUCCAGUCAACAUCAUGGAAGACAUCGAUUUUAAUCUCGUUAGUACGUUCUAUGGGAACGACUUGCAGCAGGUGGUACGUUACCCAAAUGAAAGAGGUAAUUGGUUGGACUUAGCUUUCUCAAAUGCCUAUGACAGCAUAUGGGUCCGACUUGCUUCAGACGAAGAGAGCCUUUUCAAAAAUUCUAUUCAUCAUAAUGCAAUUGUUCUCGAAUUUCCUAAUAACAAACUUAAGUUCUCUAAAUCUUACAAUAAAGAGAUUGUAUAUGAUUUUCUUAACGCCGACUACAACGGCAUCAAUUAUGCCCUUAGCUUAAUUAAUUGGAACGAUAUGUUCCAUCAGCACAAUUUAGGCGAUAUUGUCUCCGAUUUUUACUCUAUUUUGUUCAGAAUAAUUGACGCCCAUGUUCCAAGAAUCCUUAAAAAGGAUAGACUGGCGGAACAAUGGUUAGAUCGUAAAUUAAGACAAUUACAUAAUCGGAGAAAUAAAUUACACAAUAAAAUUAAGCAUUCAGGGACAAUAACUCACUUAUUAAUGAAUAUAAUGAGUUGGCGAAUGAAUUCAAAAAAAAAUCCAAUGAGGCAUAUGAUAUUUAUAUCCAAAAUAUAG